AUGACGCCACUCCCUCCCCCCUCUCCUCUCGAUCCCAUCUGGAUCGGGGAGGGGGCCGAUCCCGACGCCGCCCGGAUCGACCGCGUCCACCGCCGCCCGAGGACCGCGACACCGUCGUCGCCGGACUGCCUCCCCGUCGUCCUCUCCGUCACCUACUCGUCUCCGUCGUCACCGCGCGUCGUCCCCGUCCUCCCCCACGAGCCGCUACCCCAAGCCUCGCCGCCCCCUGUGCCCCUGCAAAUGCCGCGCGCCGCCGCGGCCUUCUCCCGCUCGCGCCUGCAGCCAUGGCCGCGCGUGCCUGCCCCGACGCCCCUGCUCCUCGCGUCGCCGCCCCCGGUUCCCCUGCUGGUCCUCCUCCCCCGUGCCGCCACAUUCGGCCCGUCCCUGCUUGCCGCUUCCCCGACGCGGCUUUGGCCACUGCUCGCCGCCGUCCACCAUUCGCCUCCCCCGCCCUGCCGCCCUCCCGCCGGCGACCGCCCGGCCUCGCCGGCCACGUUCGCCGUGGCGCCCGAUCGGGUCGCGCUCGAAACCCGCUAG